UGUUAUCUGGACCCUUUUCAGAUUGUUCUCAACCUUUUUUCCUUUUUAAUCAAUUUCACUAUUUCUGUCUUUCAUAUAUUGCUUCCCACUGGCUGCAGAUGCUCAUUUGCCGAGUUCAGUGUUUCAGUUGUAGAGUAAAUUUGUUACGCACAACUGCGAUCAAUUCUUGGUUGAUUGAAAAGGAUGAAGUUUUGAAUAUGCACAGACCUAAGUGCACUCCAGAUUAUUUCAUUGGCAUACAGAGGACCACUAUUUAUAGCUAACCCUACUUCCUUGGGAUUGAGGCGUGUUGUUUUUGUUGUACAGUACAGUGGACCUCUAAUGUGGUGAAAUUUUGGUAGAGUAGUUUCAGAAAAUGAUUUUCGAUGCACUAGUUUGGUAUUGCAAGCCGGUGGCAAAUGGGAUAUGGGCCAAAGACACUGACAGUGGCAGCGCUUUUGGUGCUUAUACACCUUGUGCUAUUGAAUCAGCUGAGUGCAUAUCUAAUGUGGUUCUUUUUGUGUUGUGUGUGUAUCGCUUAUGGCUGGUCAGGAUGGACCACAAAGUUCGCAGAUUCCAGUUACGGUCGAAAUACUACAAUUACAUAUUGAUCCUCUUGGGAAGUUGUUGUGCUGCUGAGCCCUUGCUCAGAUUGUUUAUGGGCAUUUCAAUCUUCAAUCUGGAUGCAGAAACUGACCUUGCUCCUUUUGAGAUGGUUUCUUUGAGCAUUGAGGCACUUGCUUGGAUUUCCAUUAUUGUUAUGAAUCUAGUGGAAACUAAAGUCUAUAUCAAAGAGUUCCGAUGGUAUGUCAGAUUUGGAGUAAUCUAUGUUUUGGUAGGUGAGCUUGUGAUCUUCAACUUCGUUCUUUCAAUGCAGAGUCUCUACUCAAGGUUUACUUUGUACAUCUAUUACGGUUCAGUCAUCUGUCAGAUUUUAUUUGGGGUCCUACUUCUUGUCCAUCUUCCUCAUUUGAAUCCUUUCCCUGGCUAUGUUCCAUUAAGGAGUGAGUCCAUUGAUGAUAAAAAUGGUGAAACAAUCCUUGGAGAAGACCAUAUUUGCCCUGAGAGAUAUGCAAGCAUUUUGUCAAGGAUAUCUUUUGGAUGGAUAACUCCCCUCUUGCGACGAGGCUUAAACAGACCAAUCACUGAAAAGGAUGUCUGGAAGUUAGACUCAUGGGAUAAGACAGAGACAUUGAGUGCAAGAUUCCAAAGAUGUUGGGCUGAAGAAUCUCAGAGGAAAAAACCCUGGCUUCUGCGCGCUUUGAAUUCCAGUCUUGGAGGCAGGUUCUGGUAUGGAGGUCUCUUCAAAGUUGGUAGUGAUCUUUGUCAAUUUGUGGGACCACUACUACUUAAUCGUCUCUUAGAGUCUUUGGAACGCGGCGAUCCAUCUUGGAUUGGCCACUUAUAUGCUUUUCUGAUUUUUGUUGGGGUGUCAUUUGGAGUACUAUGUGAAGCUCAGUACUUUCAGAAUGUCAUGCGUGUUGGUUUCAGGAUGAGAUCAACUCUGGUCGCUGCCAUAUUCCGCAAAUCUGUAAGAUUAACACUUGAGGACCGGAAUCAGUUUCCAUCUGGAAAAAUUACUAAUAUGAUCACAACAGAUGCUAACGCACUUCAGCAAGUAUGCCAGCAACUUCAUGUUUUAUGGUCAGCUCCAUUUCGGAUUGUCAUUGCCAUGGUUCUUCUUUACCAGCAACUAGGUCUGGCUUCACUUCUGGGUGCUCUUAUGCUAGUAUUGAUGAUCCCAAUGCAGACUAUUAUCGUCAGCUAUAUGCGAAAACUAUCCAAAGAAGGAUUGCAAUUUACUGACAAAAGGGUUGGUCUAACUAAUGAAAUAGUUACUGCAAUGGAUAUAGUGAAAUGUUAUGCAUGGGAGAAAAGCUUCCAAUCGAAAGUCCAAGGAAUGAGGAAUGGUGAACUUUCUUGGUUUAGGAAAGCACAGCUAUUGGCAGCGUUCAACAAUUUCAUGCUGAACAGCAUCCCCGUUCUCGUGACAGUGAUUUCAUUUGGAAGUUUCACUUUGCUUGGUGGAAAUUUGACAGCUGCCAGAGCUUUUUCAUCGCUCUCUCUCUUUGCAAUUCUGAGGUUCCCUUUGAAUAUGCUUCCGAACGUAAUAACUCAGGUUGUAAAUUCAAAUGUGUCAUUGCAACGAAUGGAGGAGUUGUUUUUAGCUGACGAGAGAGUGCUCUUACCUAAUCCACCACUUGAACCUGGGUUUCCUGUGAUUUCAAUCAGUGGUGGAUUCUUUUCAUGGGAUUCUAAGUCUGAGCAUCCCACUUUGUCAAAUAUUAAUUUGGAUAUACCUGUUGGUGAGCUAGUUGCUAUUGUGGGUGGGACUGGAGAAGGAAAGACAUCUCUGAUUUCAGCAAUUCUUGGGGAGCUUCCUCCCUUGGGCAAUGCAAGUGUCACUAUCCGAGGUUCUAUUGCAUAUGUUCCUCAAGUUUCCUGGAUCUUCAAUGCCACUGUACGUGAAAAUAUAUUAUUUGGUUCCAACUUUGAACCAACAAGAUAUUGGAAGGCAAUAGAUGUCACUGCACUGGACCAUGAUCUUGAGUUACUUCCAGGUCGGGACCUUACAGAAAUCGGCGAAAGAGGAGUGAAUAUUAGCGGAGGACAAAAGCAAAGAGUGUCAAUGGCUAGGGCUGUCUACAAAAAUUCCGAUGUCUAUAUAUUUGAUGAUCCCUUAAGUGCUCUUGAUGCACAUGUUGCUCAUCAGGUUUUUAAGAACUGUUUAAAGGAAGAAUUGCAAGGAAAGACUAGGGUGCUUGUGACAAAUCAGCUGCAUUUUCUACCUCAAGUGGAUCGGAUCAUUUUGGUCUCUGAAGGAAUGGUGAAAGAGGAUGGGACCUUCGAGAAGCUUUUGGAACAUGGCACACUUUUUCCAAAGCUAAUGGAAAAUGCUGGGAAAAUGGAAAGUCAUAGUGUUGAAACUGAGUGUGACCCAAACUUUGACAAUGAGAGUUCACAGUUUUCGAACACAAGGCAUGAGCUCCAAAAAGAAGUAACCUCCGUAACCAAAAGGAAGGCUGGUAAAUCUGUUCUUAUCAGGCAGGAAGAGCGGGAAACUGGUAUUGUCAACUGGAAUGUUUUGAUGAGAUACAAAGAUGCUUUGGGAGGCUUGUGGGUCGUCCUGAUACUGCUUGUCUGCUACACAUUGAGUGAAAUUCUUCGAGUUCUGAGUAGCACCUGGCUAAGUGUCUGGACAAAAACAAGUUCCUCAAAGAGCAAUGGAGCUGGAUUUUAUAUUUUGGUGUAUGCUAUUUUGUCAUUCAGUCAGGUGAUUGUAACACUGGCAAAUUCCUUCUGGUUGAUUAUCUCAAGCCUAAAUGCAGCUAAAAGGAUUCAUGACUCCAUGCUGCAUUCGAUACUUCGAGCACCAAUGGUAUUCUUCCACACUAAUCCAUCUGGACGCAUAAUCAACAGAUUUGCAAAGGAUCUUGGAGAUAUUGAUCGCAAUGUGGCAAAUAUUGGUAAUAUGUGUCUCAGCCAAUUGUGGCAGCUGCUCUCGACUUUUGUUCUAAUUGGAGUCGUCAGCACUAUAUCUAUGUGGGCCAUAAUGCCACUUCUAAUUCUAUUUUAUGCUGCCUAUUUAUAUUAUCAGAAUACAUCCCGCGAAGUGAAACGUCUAGAUUCCAUUACCAGGUCCCCUGUGUAUGCACAGUUUGGUGAAGCCAUAAAUGGUUUAUCAACCAUCCGUGCAUAUAAAGCACAUGACCAGUUAGCUUCCAUUAAUGGAAAGUCUAUGGACAACAAUGUCAGGUUCACUCUUGCCAACACAAGUACAAAUCGCUGGCUUACCAUAAGGCUUGAAACACUAGGAGGCAUAAUGAUCUGGUUGACUGCAACUUUUGCCGUUAUACAGAAUGGGAGAGCAGACGACAAGGUUGCGGUUGCUGCUACUAUGGGUCUGCUCCUAAGUUAUUCUUUGAAUAUUACUACCUUACUCAGCAAUACUCUGAGACAAGCAAGCAGAGCUGAAAAUAGUUUAAAUGCUGUUGAGCGUGUUGGUACAUAUAUAGAUUUUCCAUCAGAGGCUCAAAAUGUUAUUAGCAGCCGGACUCCUCCAGACUGGCCAUCAUCAGGGUUCAUCAAAUUUGAGGAUGUUGUCCUACGUUACAGACCUGGACUUCCUCCUGUCUUGCAUGGUUUGUCAUUCGAAGUUUCUUCAGGUCAGAAAGUUGGCAUUGUUGGAAGAACUGGUGCUGGAAAAUCGAGCAUGCUUAACGGUUUGUUUCGAAUUGUGGAACUUGAAAGAGGGAGAAUAUUGAUUGAUGGUUGUGAUAUUGCUAAUAUUGAACUGACAGUUCUUCGAAGUGCUCUUAGUAUCAUACCCCAAUCGCCAGUUCUUUUCUCUGGAGAAUUUACAAAGGCACACUGGAUAGAAGUGGGAACAUUGUCGAGCCGCUAACUGAGCAUGAAAGAUUUCUGCAUCAGCAAAGAAGGAGAAAAACUGCCC